AUGGAGAAAUUAUCCGAACAAAAAAUAAAUGAUAUCAUUAAUCAAGCUAUCAGUCAUUGGACUCGUACAUUUGGUACAACAAAUAGAAAUACAAACAAUACAAGAGUUGGAUUAAGAAAUUUCAUCAUUAUGAUAAAUAAUUUUUAUAAAAUUGGGCAAUACGGUGACGGAUAUAUUGAUAAUAUGAGAAAUACAGCUAUGAAUAAUGUUCAGGGUAUCUUGACAAAUGCUUACAAUAAAGGUAUCCCUUAUUACGCUGAAGGAAUACUUCAUCAAGUCGCACAUCGUACAUAUCAAGAAAUUAUCACGUUAAAUAAAAGUAAACAGCAACAAUUGGUCAAUCAAGUGAAUAAUUUAACCACUCAAUUAAAUCAGGUAUCAAAUAAUAUUCAUAUAAACAACGAAUUAAAUCAAUUGAAAGAAUUGGUUUCAUCAUUGGAUAAAAAGAUAAAUGAGAUUCUUGUUAACUUGGGUAUACAAUUUCAAAAUGACGAAACACUUAACAAUAAAUUAGAUAAGAUCAAAGGAUUUAUGAUUAUUUGA